GGACAAUUGAUAAUUAAAGUUCUUUUUAUCUUUUUCCUCCCACUCAUCCGACCAAACGCACCCUUACUCGCCCGCCAUUACUUCCUUUUCCCGCCGAAACAUAAACAUCCCCAUCUUCAUCUCGGCCCACUACUCAGUUCAUCAGCGCCAUUCCAAUCUAAGGAUCGAAUCCAGCUGAAGAAUUGCUAUGGAGAUGGAUAUGGACAUUCCCGAUCCUUCCGAGCUCGAAUGGCUCGAAUCGAACUCGUACCACGUCCACGACGAUCUCAAUCUCGAAGACGAUUUCCAGCAACCACCGUCCCCGCCGUCGGAGCCCGAUGAAGAAAUCGCAUGCGUAAACCCCGUUAAAGACGCCGACUUUCCCGAACCGAGAAACCCCCCACUUCAAUUGCCCCCAAAGCCCACCCUCGCAAUCCCUCCCAAACCCCCAGUCCCCAACCAGACCAAGAAACGGUUCCGACCCGACCUGGGCCCGAUUGUUCCCGAAAAUGGGGCUUCGGUUCAGGAGAAACGUAUCAGGGUUGAAAGAGUGGAAAUUGAAUGCGAGGAGGAUUGGCUCAGCUUCUCGCCCCCGCCUGUGCCGCCUGCUCCUGAGGAGGUGGAGAAAGAGGAGGAGAAGGAAAAGACUUUGUCGAGGUAUGCCAUGGAAAUUAAUGGUGAUUGUGUACCGGUCACAGGGCUGGAUGGAGAGAGGGUUUAUGCUAAGAUAUGCAGAUAUCAUAUGAGAGAGAGGACCCGAAAGUUGGACACAAAGGGUGAAUCUACUGGUCUUAUUCGAGAGUCUAUCAGGGUGCUUAUGCAGAAAGUAGAACAUGAUGAAUUUACAAAGGCUUUGCAAGCUAGCUCGGAAGAUCAGAUUGAAGCAAGUCCUUCAAAAACCACAAUACUAACCGAGCAACUGUGGGUGGAAAAGUAUGCUCCAAGCUCAUUUACAGAACUUCUUAGUAAUGAGCACACAAAUAGAGAGGUUUUAAUGUGGUUGAAACAGUGGGAUUCAUGUGUUUAUGGAUCUGAAAUAAAGAGUACAACCGAUAAUGUCUUGACUGCAUUGCGACGUCAUUCAUCUGUUAAGCGCCCACAUUUUUUUGGGCGUAAGACUAAUGGAAUCAACAGAGGAUCUAUAUUCACCAACGACAGGUCUCAUAAUCUUCCAUUUCAAGCGAAGGGUGAGUCGAAUGAUUUCAAGGGUGUAGGGGACAAGAAAUGGAGAAAUUCUGGUCCACCUGAACACAAGAUUCUUCUACUCUGUGGUCCUCCUGGGCUUGGGAAAACAACACUUGCUCAUGUCGCUGCUCGGCAUUGUGGAUACCGAGUAGUUGAGAUUAAUGCAAGUGAUGACAGGUCAUCAUCAACGAUAGAAGCCAAGAUUCUGGAUAGUAUCCAGAUGAACUCUGUCUUUGCUGAUUCAAAACCCAAAUGUUUGGUUAUUGAUGAAAUUGAUGGUGCUCUUAAUGAUGGAAAAGGUGCAGUGGAUGUCAUUUUAAAGUUGGUGUCUGCAGAAAGAAAAUCUUCUUCUGAAAAAGAAAAUGAUCCUCAAGGGGUACAUUCUGUACGGAAGCCCUCAAAAAAGAAGGAAAAGGCCACAUCUUUGCUAAGGCCUGUGAUAUGCAUAUGCAAUGAUCUUUAUGCUCCUGCCUUGAGGCCAUUGCGCCAGGUGGCAAAGGUUCAUGUAUUUGUGCAACCAACUGUCACUCGUGUCGUAAACAGGCUCAAGUAUAUAUGCAAUAAAGAAGGUGUGAAGACUAGCUCCGUUGGUCUUACUGCUCUAGUGGAGUUUGCGGAAUGCGAUAUACGUUCGUGCUUAAACACCCUUCAGUUUCUCAACAAAAGGAAGGAGACCCUCAAUGUGUUGGAGCUUGGUUCUCAAGUAGUAGGCAGGAAGGAUGCAACAAGAAGCGCUUUUGACAUAUGGAAAGAGAUUUUCCAUAAGAGCAAGGCAAAAAAUGAGAAGAAAUACAAUAGUUCUUUCCGCCAAACCUCCAAUGAUUUUGAAUCCCUUCACUCUUUCAUAUCUAAUAGGGGUGACUUUGAUUUAAUGUUUGACGGAAUCCAUGAGAACAUUUUGCAUCUCCGGUACAAUGAUCCUUUGAUGCAAAAAAGUGUCAUGUCCUUGGAUAUUCUUGGUGAUUCUGACAUAAUUCAUGAAUACAUUAUGCGCACACAACACAUGGCCCUUCUUGCUUAUGAGCCUUCACUUGCAAUCUCUAUUCAUGGCAUAGUUGCUCAGGUUGAUAGGCCGAACAUUGAAUGGCCCAAGUCAUUUCACAGAUGUCGGACUUCGAAAAUAGAAAAGAAGGAAACAUUCCAUUUGUGGCACAACAAGAUGACACCUUUCAUAUCUAGACAUCUUUCAACUAAAUCUUUUGUGGAAGACUUGAUAUCUCCUUUGUUACAUAUUCUAUCGCCGCCAACACUAAAACCGGUAGCCUUGCAUUUAUUGUCAGAAAAAGACAAGAGAGAUUUUGCACAGUUGGUGGAUACAAUGGUAUCAUAUGAAAUAACUUAUAAGAACAUGAAAUCUGAUCCUUCAUCAGCAGCUAUGAAACUUGAGCAUGCUUUAGAUUCAUCAAAACUUUGCUUUGAACCUCCUGUUGAUGGAUUCAUAAACUUCAAGGGCUAUGUUUCAUGCCAUUUUGUUCUUGCUUCUGCUGUGAAGUCAAUCUUGGUACAUGAGGUUGAAAAGCAAAAGAUUUUGCAAAGUAGCAGAAACCAACCGAGACUCCCCACGGAUUCUUACAGUGAAGAAAACCAUCUGCCAGCCGGAAAUAAGAAUAACUAUACACUUUCUUCCAAGUUUUGCUCUACAACCACAUCUUCUGAAAAACAUCCUAGUAUACAACGCCCUCCUAUUCAAAAGACAAGUGAGAUAUCUACAUCUGGUUCUUCAGCUACAGGAGUUAAUGUAGUUGCUGCAGCUAAAGGGAGUUCUGAAAAAAAGAAACCUACAGGAGGAUCUUUCAAUUUUUUUGACAGGUUCAAAAAGAUGAGUGGCAAAGGAUCUCAGCACAUAAAUGCCACUAAUCAAGGACAGGUAGAGAGGGAUGCACGCCCCAUAUUGUUUAAGUUUAAUGAGGGUUUCACAAAUGCAGUCAAGAGACCUGUCCGAAUACGAGAAUUUCUUAUCUGAUUUCAGUUUUUCUAAAAGCAAACAUUUUAAUCAUCCCAGAGAGAACUGGGAUUAAACAUUAUGA